AGUUGGCAUUUAGGUUUACAACUCUCUCAUUAUUUGAUUCCUUAUGUUAUCUACACUCCUGUUCCUUGUCGCCUUCAUCGGCGAUACUCUGGCUUUCAAGCCAGGCAACGUACGUAUGCAUAUGUCAACUAGGUCUAUCUGUAAUCCAGAUGUCAAGGACGUGCACAACAACCCCGCUCCAUGUGGUAAAUCCAUGGCAAUGGAGACUUAUGGCCUCACCCUCCCUGGUAUGGAGGAUGGCUCUGUCACUAUUAGGGAGGAUAUGAUAGUCGCUAAGGAUGGUCUCGUCAGGGUUAAGGCGAUGCCGAGUCGUCCCUAUCAGUUCCUUAUGACUGUUGAAAGCCCCAAGACCAAGCGUAUCGAUCAGCUUUACAAGAAUCAGGCUAUCACAAUAUCUGAGACCAAGCAAGAGCCGGAAUCUGUGCGCCUUCUCGGUGCGGCCAAAGCCCCUGGAAGCCUCAAGGAGGAUGGGUGGACGUCCGAAGGCACCACCACCCUCAAUGGUGCUACCGUUCACAAAUACACCAAGUGGGGUCCUCAGGGAGUCGAUGCAAGCACCAAGGCAAACUACACGGCUCUUUAUCAGACGGGUAUGUACCCUGACCACUGGGUUUUCUAUACCGAUUCCAACGAUGAGAAUCCGGUGAAACUUGUUGGUAUGAACAGCUUCAACGGCAAAACUCUCCAGGAGACCGAGUACUCCAACCACGAGGCGCUCGAUGAUGCCAUGGGCGUCGCUGAAGCCGAGAAGGAGAUGCAUACGACCUAUCAGAUCACCAGUUCCCGCCGUUUGGGAGAGGGUGAUGGUGAUGCUCCCCCGGUCAAUCUCGAUUAUGUCACCGCCACCUUCAUUGCCGAAGAUGAGCGUACCUUCUUCGAAGAUGCGGAAGAAGUCGACUGGCUGAAGUCCCGCAGGCUUCGUAGAGGCUUGUCCGGUGCGAAGGCCGGCGUGAUGUACUUCGACAUUCCCAAGGGAUCCGCUGCCGAUACCUUCUUCCACACCGAGUACAAUAGGCGGAUGGUUGAACUCGUGAAGUUCGAAUUCCCCAAGAGCUGCAGAAACGAUGAGGGCAAGCAAGUGCAAAGGUAUUGCCUCUUUGUCUCUGCCGACGCCACUAUGGAGAAGUUCUCUCUCAAUGCCGGAGUGACUUUCGUAGACGUGACUGAUGACAAGAAGUCCGCUUCAUUGACAUUGUCUAUCGAAAUAGGAAAGUCCGAUGGUGCUCCCGUACUCAACCUUAGCGUCAAAGCUGAGGGGUGUGCAAUUGUCUGGCAGUACGGCGAGGGUUUCAGCCUCAAUAUCGUCGUUUGUAUUUCUGGAAGCGUCUCUGGGGAGGACUUGCUGCAGCCCGACAAGCGUACUUUCAAAGCCGAAAUAGAGAUCAGUGUCACUUUCAACGUGAAUGUACCUGUUGCUGGCUCUAUCAUUAAUUGGAAGGUAUGGGCUAAGGUUGGCUGUACUGCGAAACCGAACAAUGUAAUUACUGCCUACGGUGAGAUUGGAACCAGCGUCUCUCUUUGGAUUGCUGGUGCCGGAGUCUCGAUCGAUAUUAAGGGCAACACUAUGGAUAACUUGCCCAACAAGUGGCAGUUCUUCUCUGGUGUGAAUCUAAACGCCUGGGUAAAUGUCCUGUUCUAUAAGAACGACUGGCACUGGCGCUGGGAGAUCUGGCAUGCCAGUCCUGUGUACUUCUAAGUUCUCGGUUACCAGCUCAGUAUUUAUUAUUACGAGCAUCUCAUCAAGGGGCGUAUUUGAAAGCCUCGGUCAGCGUCAAGAUUUGAGACGUUGUGCUGGUUUCUGUUCUAUUCCUCAUCCUAAGGAUGGCAUCCUUUAAAUUUCACAAUAAUCUGCGAAUAACGUUUCUAUCAAGUUCCUAAAGUGUGUUCGCAAGGAUAGUUCCUAGUUUAGUGUUAAAUUAUCAUUCAGCGCUCGUGGCUCGCAUAAGCCACUUCCGUACUGUGGAUAGUAUCUCACAUCAUGCUACCUCCACGUGCUGCACUUGAAGUGCACACUUCACUGUGAGGAGCGUUGUGCCUCGAUAUCUCGUUUACUUGUAAAUAGUGUAUUUGUUGGUAUCGGUCGCCUCGGAUCCACUAGGCUCAUUCGUUCACGAUGCCGGUGCUGUACAACUGAAAAGUUGAGUGUUGACCGUCCCGAAACUAUGUAUCACUAUUAACGAGGUUUCAGGCAUUUGACAA